AUGGAGCACAAAAGACAAACAGAUCAUGACUUAACUGACCUUGAGUCCCAAAUAUAUCUUUACGAAGGUUCCUACCUGAAUAAUACAGCCAUGAGUGGCGGGAAUGUUAUUCGAGGGUUUGACUCAUACUUGAAAGCAGGUAGCACACCUGCAUCUGUAUCUCGCAGCUCAUCACAAACAAUAUCCGCAGAUGAUCGCAUGUUCAGCACAAGUAGUGCCACUUACCAACGAAGUCUGGCGCUGAAGUUCAAUGAACCUGCACCAGAAAAAGCAGAUGAUGCCAAAAUUUCCUCCCAAGGGUCCCAGGCAUCGGGCUACAAGCUAAAACGAAAGACUGAUGAAACAACUAAAAGGUCUUGA